AUGAGUGCAGCGGCGACUGCGGGGAAGCUGGCACGGGCACAAACCGACCCAGGCAAAGCUGGAGUCCCCGGAGUUGCAGCUCCUGGGGCCCCGGCGGCCGCUCCACCGGCGAAAGAGAUCCCGGAGGUCCUAGUGGACCCACGCAGCCGGCGGCGCUAUGUGCGGGGGCGCUUUUUGGGUAAGGGCGGCUUCGCCAAGUGCUUCGAGAUCUCGGACGCUGACACCAAGGAGGUAUUUGCAGGCAAGAUCGUGCCUAAGUCUCUGCUGCUCAAGCCGCACCAGAAGGAAAAGAUGUCCAUGGAGAUUUCCAUUCACCGCAGCCUUGCACACCAGCACGUCGUAGGCUUCCAUGGCUUUUUCGAGGACAACGACUUUGUGUUCGUGGUGUUGGAGCUCUGCCGCCGGCGGUCUCUCCUGGAGCUGCACAAACGGAGGAAAGCCCUGACCGAGCCUGAGGCCCGAUACUACCUGAGGCAAAUCGUGCUUGGCUGCCAGUACCUGCAUCGAAACCGAGUUAUUCAUCGGGACCUCAAGCUGGGCAACCUCUUCCUGAAUGAGGACCUGGAGGUGAAAAUAGGGGAUUUUGGACUGGCAACCAAAGUCGAAUAUGAUGGGGAGCGGAAGAAGACCCUGUGUGGGACUCCUAAUUACAUAGCUCCUGAGGUGCUGAGCAAGAAAGGGCACAGUUUCGAGGUGGAUGUGUGGUCCAUUGGGUGCAUCAUGUAUACGUUGUUAGUGGGCAAACCACCUUUUGAGACCUCUUGCCUAAAAGAGACCUACCUCCGGAUCAAGAAGAAUGAAUACAGUAUUCCCAAGCACGUCAACCCUGUGGCCGCCUCCCUCAUCCAGAAGAUGCUUCAGACAGAUCCCACUGCCCGCCCAACCAUUAAUGAGCUGCUCAACGACGAGUUCUUUACUUCUGGCUACAUCCCUGCCCGGCUCCCCAUCACCUGCCUCACCAUUCCACCGAGGUUUUCAAUCGCUCCCAGCACCCUGGACCCCAGCAACCGGAAACCUCUCACAGUCCUCAAUAAAGGCAUGGAGAACCCCCUGCCUGAGCGUCCCCGGGAGAAAGAGGAACCAGUGGUUCGAGAGACGGGUGAGGUUGUCGACUGCCACCUUGGUGAUAUGCUGCAGCAGCUACACAGUGUCAAUGCUUCCAAGCCCUCAGAGAGAGGGCUGGUGAGGCAAGAGGAGGCUGAGGAUCCCGCCUGCAUCCCCAUCUUCUGGGUCAGCAAGUGGGUGGACUAUUCGGACAAGUACGGCCUCGGGUACCAGCUGUGUGACAACAGCGUGGGGGUUCUCUUCAAUGACUCAACACGCCUUAUCCUCUACAACGAUGGUGACAGCCUGCAGUACAUAGAGCGUGACGGCACUGAGUCCUACCUCAGUGUGAGUUCCCAUCCCAACUCCUUGUUGAAGAAGAUCACCCUCUUGAAGUAUUUCCGAAAUUACAUGAGCGAACACUUGUUGAAAGCGGGUGCCAACAUCACGCCACGGGAAGGCGAUGAGUUAGCCCGGCUACCCUACCUGCGUACCUGGUUCCGUACCCGCAGCGCCAUCAUCCUGCACCUCAGCAAUGGCAGUGUGCAGAUCAACUUCUUCCAGGACCAUACCAAACUCAUCUUGUGCCCGCUGAUGGCAGCUGUGACCUACAUCGACGAGAAGCGUGACUUCCGGACGUACCGCCUGAGCCUCCUCGAGGAGUACGGCUGCUGCAAGGAGCUGGCCAGCCGGCUGCGCUACGCCCGCACCAUGGUGGACAAGCUGCUGAGCUCGCGCUCGGCCACCAACCGCCUCAAGGCCUCCUCAUAGGCACCCCGGGACUCGUGCCCCUCCCCACUCCCACCAGCACCUGGGGCCUGCACUGGUCAGCGCCCACAGUGCUGUUUUUGUAAUGUGGCCCCCAGCCCUGGGGGCUGGGCAGAGAGCUGCAUCGUCCUUUCCCGUGGGCUUGCUAUGUAUAAGUUAUUUUUGUACAUGUUCGGGUGUGGGUUCUAUAGCCCCUUCCCCUUCCCUCUCAACCCCACCACAUGAAUUGUACAGAAUAUUUCUAUUGAAUUUGGGACUGUCCUUUCCUUGGCUUUAUACACAUUAAACAUAUGUAAAUCUUC